AUGCUGCACGAGCUCCUUCUUGCCCUCUCUGGCCACCCCUCGCCACUGUUCGCCACAUCCGCUCAAGACAGUUCGAGCCCACGUGCAGCUGAAGACUUUCCGCUCCUCUCUCCCUCCGAGGCCGCUCUGCUCCGGUCCAUAGCAUCGCUCUCAGAAGUCCAUCGCAAGCUCAAACGACACCUCCAGAGUAUAGCAUCCACCCACGACUCCAUCAUCUGUCGCGCUGCUGCUGCUUCCAUACUGCACCUCCAUCUCGCCAGGUUCCAACAGCAUAUCUUGCAGGUCGAGAAGAAAAUUCUCACCAAAGAUGCUAGCAUCGUCGGCGCCUACGAGAUUGUGCCUCUGGCCGCCGUUGUGGGUGAAUUCGACGACUGGCACAGACUCAUGAAAUGGUACUGGAACCUCUCGGAAUUCAUGCUUGGCACGCCUGGCAGCGGGCAUGGCAGAUGUACUUCUGCGCAGUUGAUCGACAAACUACGAGUCGAGUCCCAGACUGGCUAUCCAGAAAUCGAAAAUGCUGCCACUGAGCUCGCGCGAGUCGCUGAAAUGGCAUGGCUGAGGCAAUUGACGUCUUGGGUCGUAAACGGCAAGCUGCCCCCAUACGGUGGAAACGAUUUCUUCAUCCAACGUGCCGCUGCCGAGGAGCCCAAGUUCACAAAAGAUAGGAAUUUGUUGCCUGGCUUUGUAACUGCAAACACUGCUGCCUCUAUACUGUUCGUCGGAAAGUCACUGCAUCAAGUAUCCCAUCAUCAACGGCUAAGUCAAACCACCCCCGCUCUGUCCACGCCGUCUGUCAGUGAUGGCGAGUUAGCAUCCUCUCAUCUGCAGCACCUCGCCUCUCUCACGCUGCCCAUCGCAUCUUCACAGUUCUCUAGGUCCAUUGCGGAUAUUCGACUAUCACUCUCGCAAAAUGUCCUGCAACAUCUACUCCCUCUGAGGGAUACUGUCAGAUUGUUGAAGUGCCUACGACAAUUCUUCCUGUUAGAUCGAGGCGACUUUGCCAUGGCCCUCAUUUCACACGCCGAAGAGCGCGUGCAGGCACGCCAGCAGAGUAUGAGUAAAUUGCUGGCCAGAGAUGCGGUCAAAGCGUUGCAGGGCUUGUCCAUCAAAGACGCGGAGCUUAGUCAGACGCUUCGGCAAGUCUGGAGGUCACUGAUGGCAAAGGACGACGACGGCGAAGAUGAGGUACUGGAGUACGCACAGAGCCAUGUCUCACUCAUCAAUCCGAGGGCCAAUACGUCCCGCCCAUCGACCGCUGACAGUGCGACUGAGGACGCGCCGGAAGUCUCCCCCAUCUCAUUCAACAACCUUUUGUUCCCGAACCCCACGGAACUGAACUUGAGGAUUUUACCACCAAUGGACCUCUUUCUCUCCACUCGCGAUACAGCCACGUACUCCUCGAUCAGUUCGUAUCUGCUUGCGAUCCGCAGAGCGCAUCAGCGAUUGAACGAAUUGUGGAAACAGACUGCGGCGCGACGAGAUCUGCAAGCGUCUCGCACUCAGCACGCUGUCUAUCGGUCGAGGAACACUCUCCGAGCCACUGCAGUGAGAAAAGUGUGGGCGACAUGCAGUGCGGCCAUCUUCCUGCUUUCCGAAACUGCUGCCUUUUUUGAGGGUGAGAUCGUGCGUGGCUCAUGCGAUCACUUCCAAGAAUGGGUCCAACAGUCGGCGCCAGAUCUCGAUGACUCGACGACCAGCAACACGUCCUCACAGUCUACCAGACAUACCCAGCGUGAUCCAGAAACGUUGGCAGCAGGUCAUCGAGCUUUUCUUUCAUCACUGAUCUAUGCUCUGCUACUUACUGAUCUGCCGUAUACCAGUCAGCUACGCUCUCUGUUGGGUAAUGUCGACAAUUUGGUAGCAUACUUUGUCCGCCUUCUGGGAAUACAGCAAAAGAUGGAUGGCGAAGAAGAGGCCACUGGUGAGGCUUCUGCUCACCUCAUUCAAGAAGAGGCGAGGAUUAGCUCAGAGCUUGAACGGGCGAGAAAGAAGGUGGACAGCGACCUGAAGUCUGUUGUCAGCAGAUUACGACAACUUGAUCAAGAGCGAGUAGGGUCGACGAGAUAUCUCGACCUCAGGACAAUCGAAAGAGGGGACUUUGAGGUCUGGAAGGGAGGUGGGGUGGACCGGCUCCUGAUGAAGCUCGAGUUCGGGCGCAUGCUGGCCGACGACUAUGCAAUCAUAAGAGGCAGCAUCGAAUGA